AUGCUCGCGACAGGCAUCCUCUCCGUCUGCCUCGUCGGCCUUGUCGGCGCCCAACUUGACGCGUUCGCCCUUCCGUCGGCCCAACGGUAUGCCCCCAAGCCAACUGUUCCUCCAGAGUUCUCCAACUACUUUGAACUGGAUGGACAUGCCCGCGAACUGGUAGAUUCUAUUCUGGGACCUCGUCCAGGAGGUCUCUUCCCAGAAAAGACUUUCGAGAUCGGAUCUCCAAUCGAGCCGGUGCAGAACGGAAACCAGCCAACUCAUGUGGUCUCCAAGCUGGAGAGAACUCUCGAGUCCUUCUUCACUGCCCCAGAAACUCCAGCAGGACAGGCCCUCCCACCAGGUUUCGGGUCGGGGUUUUCCUUGCUCAACAACAAUAAGGCCCUGACCUCGUUCGGAGACAUCCGCAGAUCCCCAUCGGGCGACAAGAACAAGCUUGAUGAUCAGGAAGUCGAAGGAUCCGGAGACGGAAAGAGUUCUAUUGCUGGCAUUCCAAACGUAAGAAUUUUAGAUCAACCACAUCUGUAUUACAUUUGACCUCUAGAUUGCCGUCAAGCUGCCAAAGUGGCCCGCAGCCCAACUUGAACCUGUUCGAACUGUCGCCGUGCAAAGAGAUGUCGUUGGAAUGCCAGUCAUUGAGACGGCGCCGGCAGUGCCAGAGGGAGGGUUCCUGCCAUCUUCUGAUGUGCGCCGCUCGCCCGCUUCGGUGUCUGAAGUCUCUCACUCUAUCGACGACAAGGCUGAUGACCUUAACACCGAGGAGGUUGGCAUUGUCUCUCGCUAGCCAUUAUAAAUACCGCCCCGUUUUCAGUAUGGAGGCCUUUCCGAUGACACGAACACGUCUGGCGGCGGUCUGAUCGGCACCAUCUUCAACCUCAUCAAACUGGGAAGCAAGAAGGCCAAGGAGGCCCCGACAAACGGAACCGCCACCCAGGCUGAUGUAAGUCAACCCAUGGACCUUCUAAUGUAAUGUUGAGCUUAAAGAACAAGAACUCCAUCGGAAAGGCCGUCUCGAAUCUGCUCGGAGGAGAGCACAGUCCACUUCCAAGGCCAGGAAGCAACAUCCUCACGGACAUGCUCUACAAGACCCUCUCCAGCGGAUCCCUUGAGGUGAAUUGCACAAAUGCGUGCGUACAAUAAAAUGAACUUUCAGUCCAACGAUACCAUGAUCGACAACAAGAACAACGGAUCCAUCGUGCUCACCCCAGCCCAGUCCGCCGCCAUCAGCAGCAAUUUGGAGAUGAUUCAGGACCUCAUCAUCAAGCCAUCUUCUCCACUUUGCACUUCCAAGCCAGAUCCAGUUGACUUCGAUCUUGACGGACUCAUGGGCCAGUGGUACCAAGUCGUCUACUCGCCACCAGUCUCGACCGGACCGUGCAGCAUGGUGUCGUACAAGAAAUUGAGCGACAAUGGAGAAGGUACUGUAGCUGAGAAUACAGACUCUCAACGAGUUCAUCUCAAUUACAGAAACCGGUUCGAUCAUCGACGUUUACGAGUACACGACCGACGGAACUCCAUACGGAAAGCCGAUCAUCUCCUCCGGCUACGCUCUUGUUAAGGGAAAGGGAGAACUCAUCUUCAGAACCAACUCGAACAAGGAUGACGUCACGGUUCAUAUUCUCAGCGUUGGACCAACCAACCAGCACGGAGAGUACGAAUACGUUCUCAUGUCGACCAACUGCAACUAUCCGAUCUACGUCUUCGCCAGAGACGCCAGCGUUUACAAGCAGGUUAGUGGCUGUGGGCAGACUACAAAAGAUGAGAAUUUCAUUAUAGAAGUAUGAACCACUCGUCAAUGACUUCAUGGACAAGAAGGGAAUCGUCAACGGUAUCACUCGUCUUUUGAACGUAGUUGCUCCGGUCGACAACACCAUGUGCGUCUUCCCACCACAUCUCUUCUACAACCAAGGAAGAUAA